AUGUCGACGAAACCCAGGAAGGUGUCGACGGGCUUCAAGACCGCGUCAACGCCGGAUUUCAAGACCGCCCGGGCCGCCAUGGAGACCGACGGCGCCGCCCCGGUCACCGAGCAGCCACCAGACAAGACGACGGCCGACGCGCACGUCGACUGCACGCAGAUCCUCGGCGACGUCGAGGCCUACGAGGGCCCGACGCAGCUCAACGAGGAAGAGGAGGAGGAGGAGACGCCCGCCGUCCCGCGCCAGACGCCCAGCGGUACGGCCGGGCCGCCGCCGCCGCGGCCCCGCUUCUCCUACACGUCUCAAUCAUCAACACCGCCGCCGCCCGCUACUACACCGGCCGAUGCCGCCGCCGCCCCGGACGCCUUGCGGGACGUCCUCGCCACGGCGCCGGUCCAGCGCCAGCUCUCGGACGCGUCCCGGCACGCGACGGCCGGCGACACGGCGCCGCCCGAACCCAUUGACCUGACGCAGGACGAGGACACCGAGGUCGAGCCGAGCCAGCCGCGGGCGCCGGCGCCGGCGCCGGCGCCGGCGCCCUACGAGUCGGCGCCGACGGAGGUCGACCCCGCGGCGCCGCCGGGCGCCGACCCGCUCGAGGACGACCCCAUUGAGGACGACGACGAUGAAGAUGGCCCGCUCGCGGCGACGCAGGUCGAGGCGCCGGCCGCGCCGCCGGCGGCGGACGAGGACGACCCGAUCGAGGAGGAUGCCGACGCGGUAGACGCGAUUCUCGACGCCGGGCGCCUGCGCACGCAGGACCCGCCGCCGGCCGAGGAGGAGGAGCCGGCCUCGGACGCGUCGCGCGCGGCGACGGCCGGCGGCACGCAGCCGGAGCUGGUCGCGGAGCCGCCGGCCGCGGAUUCGCCGGGCGGCGCGACCGCGCUCUACGACGACUCGCAGCCGCGGCCGGCGCCGGCCGCGCCGGCGCCGGCCGCCCGCGAAGGCAGCGUGGCUGGCGACGGCGACGCGAUGGACGUCGACUCGCAGCCGCGGCCGCCGGCCGGCAGCGCGGCGGCGCCGAUGGACGUCGACGAGGCAGCCGCGGCGCCUGCGCCCGCGGUGCCGUCGCCGGCCGGCGCCACGGUGCUCUACGACGACUCCCAGACCCAGCCGCCCUCGGUCCAGGCGGCGAGCCCGCGGCCCGCGCCGGCAAAAGCGCAGGGCAAGUCGCCCGCGACCGCGACCGUGCUCUACGACGACGCGUCGCAGUCCCAGCCGGAGCCCGCGGCAGCGCCGCCCCGAAAGGACGCGUCGCAGUCCCAGCCGGCGCCGGCGGAGGACUGGGACGCCGCCGCGGCCGCGCCGGCGCCGGCAGACGCACCGGCGUCGCAGCUGUCCGUCGCCGAGCCGUCGCAAGUCGCCGAGUCGCAGCCGUGCUCGCAGCUCGCCUUCGCGUCGCAGCCCUCGCAGCCGAGCCAGGGCACGACGAAGCGCCGGUCCGCGAGCGACCAGUACCGAGCGAUCGCGUUAGAUGAGGACAACGACGACGCCUGGCCGCCGCCGGACGAGGGCGCGGCGAGGGACGCGCGCACGGACGGCCCCGCACGCCUGAUCCACGUCCCGCCGGGCGACAUUGACGUCGACAUCCUCGCGGACGACCUCGCGCAGAGAGGCUCCGAAGCCUCCACGAUCCGGGACUGCCGCGCGAGAAUCGCCGCUAGAUUACGAGACCGCUUCCCCUGCUGCGCCGUGGCCCUCGGCGGCGCGUCGGACCAGCCCCAGUCGCACCCGUCCGUCAGCUCGAUCGGGAGCGGCUCGCCGACGUCGAUCGCGCGCGUCAAGCGGUCCACGCUCAAAGCGUCGCCGGUCUGGGUCGUCGGCGCGGCGCGCCAAGGCCCCGGGGCCCAGACCUUCUUCGACUGCACGCUCAUGGUCGGCCAACGGUCGUCGCCCCUCGUCGUCGCGGUGACGUUUUUGGAAGGCGGCGAGUGCACGGCCGCAUCUAAAAUCAGAAGCGACGCGGCGCAGCUCGACGAGGCCGCGGUCUUGAUACAUUUCGAGCGCUACUUCGAGCCGCUCCAGCCGCCGCCGUCGCCCUUGACGCAGCCGUCGACGUCGGGCUACCCGCCGCGCUCGCCGGCCUUCCGCCUGCCCACGGACGACGACGCGGCGCCGGCGCCGGCGCCGGCGGCACCACGGCCCGCGUCGCAGCCGCGCGAGGGGAGCUGGCUCGUGGGGCGCGGCGCGGCCGCGCCGCCCGCGCCGCCGCCGCCCGCGAGCAGUGAUGAUGAGGACGACGACGAGGACGAUUCGGAGCAGGACGAGGCGCCGGCGGGCCGCAAGAUCAGCCCCUGGCUCGGCCGCGGCGCGCCGCCGCCGCGGUCGUCGCGGGCCUUCGCGCUGCCGCGCGACUCGGGCGGCGGCGGCCGCCUGCGCCGCAACUCGGGCGCGCCGCCGCCGCCCGCGCGCGACGACGACGACGAGUUCGAGUUCGACGACGGCGCCGACGUCGAGGCGGCGCCGCCCGCGCGCAAGCGCCGGUCGCCGCGGUCGCACCAGCCCGCGCGGCCCUCACCCAAAAAGCGGCCCGCGCGCAAGCCCACGCCGAAGCGCCGGGCGGCCGAGUCCUCGUCGGAGUCGGACGACGACGAGUCGCCCGCGUCGCCGCGCGCGCCGCCGCCGAAGGCCCGCAAGCCCGCGCCCGCGCCGAAGCGCCGCGCGGCCGAUUCCUCGUCCGACGACGACGCGGCGCCCGCGCCGCCGCCGCCGAAGACGCGCAAGCCAGCGCCGAAGCGCGACGCGCCGCCGCGCAAGAAGCGUCGCGCGCGGCCUUCCGCCGCCGCCGACGACGCGGGCCCGGCGCUCGAGAAGUGCCGGAAGUCGCUCCAGGACGCGGCGCGCGGCGUCCAGGCCGCGCACGCCGCGUCGGCGCGCGCGCUCGACGGCUACCGCGACCGCCUCAUGGCCGCGGGCGAGCGCCUCAUCGACGCGUCGCGGCGGUCGUCGACGGACCAGAAGGCGCGCGGCGACCUGCACGCCGUCCUCAGCGAGCUCUGCACGGCGGCGAGCCCGGCGGCGCCCAAGCUCCCCAGCGUGCCCAAGGCGCCGCCGGCGCGGCGGGCGCGGCGGGCGCCCUCGCCGUCACCGUCGUCAUCGUCGUCAGAGGACGAGGCGCCGGCGCCGCGGAAGCGGCCGCGCGCGCGGCGCGCGGCGCCCUCGUCCGACGAGGAGGAGGAGGACGCGCCCGUGCCGUGCUCGCAGGCGGACCUGCCUCCCGAAGAGCAGAAGCGGAACCAGACCGCGCUGUGGCACAAGCUGCGGAGCGAGGGCUGGACGUGGCGCAAGGGCACGGGCCUCACGGACAAUUUCUGGUACUUGAGACCCGGCGUGAAGGGGCGGAUCACGGACCUGGAGCACAACGUCGACUACUUCGGCGUCGAGGACCUCUGGGUCUACGCCGACGCGCACGACCUCUGGCCGACGGGCGUCGUCGUCGCGGCUCCUCCCGCGCGGAAGAAGAAGAAGAAGGCCAAGGCCCGGCCGCCGCCGUCGAGCGACGACGACGAACCGCCCAAUGCACGCGAGAAGAAGCGCGCGCGCGAGAUCCCGGAGUCGCUUGGGGACACGCAAGACGUGCGCGCGGAGCUGAAGGCCCAGGGCUGGUCGCACAUUAUGGCGCCGGACUACAUCCAGCGGGCGCGGCCCGCCGUGACGCAGGUGUGGAAGCGGCCGGGGGUGCGGCCGAGCAAACUCGUGCUGGGCUACAACUGCUUCGCGACGGCCGACCUCGCGGCCCUGCACGCCGACGACCGCCCCCUCUCGAUGGGCUUCAUCCGCGCCGAGUGCGAGAAGUACCUCCCGGACUUGCUCGUGAAGCUGCCGGAUCUGGACGACGACGCGGCGCGGUACGAAUACGCGAAGGCGCGGUUCGACCAGGAGAACGCGGUGCACGCGACGUCUAAGCGCGCGCGGCGCGGCGAGAAAUAAGUUAUGCUGCAG